AGAGAGCGAAGUUCAAAGGCAACAACAACUUCCGACGCAACAAGUUGCAGGAGAGGACAGCUGAGCAGCGGAGGAGUGCAGUUCAGUCAGAAGACUUUUUUUCAAUGGAGCGAGAUUAUCGACCUGCGCACAGGGGGAGGAGACGCCUGAUCGUGUUCUUAGGUGUCUGCGCUAUUAUUCUACUAGUAAUUAUUGUUGCCGUGCUGCUGGUUGUCGUCAUCAAGGAUAAUGAAACAAAUCAACUGGAAAAGAGUUUCCUGACAAGGUGUGAGGCAUUCGAGGGAUACAACUGCGAAGAGAUAUGGAUUAUUUUCAAAAAUGCGUUUGUGCAAAAGGAUCCUUGUAAAGUUCCCAUGGAAGCUUAUGAUCUGCUCUUCACUGCAGUGCCCACGAAACCUUCAUGCAACAGAAUGAUGUUCUGGACCAAAACAAAGGAUUUCGUCCACGAUUUCACAGGGAAGAAAGAUUGUUUCGUUACACUAGAGAACAUGAUGCUGGGAUCAGUCCUAGACGGCCUGACCUGGUGUGGAAAGGAGAACAGCGAUGAAAUAUUCACAAGUGGCUGCCCAGGUUGGACGGACUGUGAGAAUAACGCUGUUCGCUCAUUCUGGAACAAAGCGUCAACUGAAUUUGCAGAUGCCGCCUGCGGUGACGUUUCGGCGAUGCUAAACGGAUCCAUCGCGACGCCGUACGCCCCCACGAGUAUUUUUGCAAGCAUCGAAGUCAAGAGAUUUACCUCCCCCAGGGUGAGAAGCCUGACCGUAGUUCUUGUCACAGAGGAGAAAGAUGUGACGAACUGUACGAAUGCGUCGUUAAAGAAUUUACAGAACGACCUGGAUAAAGGGAUUAAAUACAGCUGCAAAGAAGUGGCUGAAUCUCAGCUCCAGGAGUGCAGCAAUAAUCCUGAAAAACCUUGUGGGACCUGUUGGUGACAACGUCAGAUCAUGAAAAAAUCAACAACAACAAACAAGCGGUGGACAAGAACAAUAAUAAUAAUGAUGCUAUUUUCCGACUUUAAUGCCUCGUUGUAAACAACAUAGUGCACAUAUGAGGUGACUUAUAUUCAUAUUUUGUACUUUUCAUACCUCUGAAGCAGUUUAACUUUCUGUGAAAUGUGUAAUUUUGCGUUUAAAAAAUGCUAAAUUGAUUUUUUUUUGGCAUGUGUCAUGUACUGUAGAGUGCUCCUGUCCUUAUACUGUAUAUACUCUGAUGCUGACAAUUGUCACCUAAUUUUACUGAAAUAAUAAUACAUUUAUUGCGGUACACAGUGACUAAGUUGAAUUUCCCUCACUUUGGUGGACAAGUACAUAGUUAAAUAAAUAUAAUUUUGAUAUUAACAAGACUGUAAUAUCAACAGGCCAUGGUGGUGGUGCACUAUGACACCCAGGAUUUAAAUAGGUGAAGUAGAAAUACUUGCAAUAUUUUCCAAACUUUAUACACGGAACCUAAUUAUCACCCAUUUUAAAACAUGAUCUGUGCUGCGAGCACAUUUUUCACAUAGUUUGUGAGGUCUGUGAAAAGAAAAUGCCACAUCACGGAGUGUGCCGCAAAAACAGGAAGCUCCAACUGUUUACCUGAAGUCUGAGUUGUCUCCACAGCUCACACAUAAUGUGUGAGACGAGCGUUGAGAUGUUGUGCGAGACUCAAACAGGAGAGGCAAAGGCAAACGUUUGCUUACACAACAGUGGGCGGAGUCUCGGGCAGGCUGGAGUAAAGAAGGCGCAAUGAAGUCUUAUCUGUAAAAGACAUAUGGACUUUAUGAUCUAUAGCUGACCUACAUGGCCUGACACCCAGCUAAAAGCCCAGCAUCAGUAUUAGCUCUCAACGUAGGUCAUGAUUGUCCUGGUGCUUCACUGUGUUCCCUUUCAAAAAUCCCCAUGGUGAGCCAUCGCAUGUCCUGUACAGGUGAUGGGAUGCCAACACCAGUCAGAAUCAAAACAAUGACAUUUAUACCAGUAAACAUCCUGUGUUUCCAUCAUG